ACCGGGCUCGGGACUCGGAGCCGGGGGACUGCAGGUUGAGGGAACCCGGGCCUCCGGGGGAAGCGGGGACGCUGAGGCCAAGCGCUGUCGCCUCGGAAUUUAAGUUCUUGAGUGAAAUAAAAGGAGACCAGGAACUGCUUUGGGUAUGGCUGCUGAGCUGAACUUCUCUCCCCCUGAGGUCCCGGAGCCUACUUUCCUAGAGAAUCUUCUUCGUUACGGAUUGUUUUUGGGGGCUAUCUUCCAGCUUAUCUGUGUACUGGCCAUAAUCUUCCCCAUUUCGAAGUCUCAUGAAGGGGAAGGGGGACAUUUUGAGCCAAGAAAAUUUGAGGUGACCAAGAAGCCAAAAGGGGCUGCUCCUUCUCAAAGCAAAAAGUCCAAGAAGGAAACCAAGAAGAAGAGAUAGAGUAGAAGCUGCCAAACGUGACACACGUAUGGCCUGCUUUACUUUCUUCAGAAUCAAGUACUCGUGAAGAAGGACCAUUGCAGGAAAAUCACAUCUUCAUAAAAACAUUUGUCUGGCAUCAUCUUCCUUACAGAAUCUGAGUUGGAAGAGACCUCAGGGGUCAUCUAAUCCAAUCUCUAUCUGAAUAGGAAUCCUUUCUACAGCCUCCCAGAUGAGUGAUCAUGCUGCCUCUGCUUGAAGACCUCCAGUGAUGGGGACCUACUACCUCCUGAGGCAAUCCAUUCCCCUUUUGGAUAGCUCGCUAAUUGUUAGGCUGACAUCCACCUCUGAAAUUUCUACCUAGUCCUUCAGAGACUAGAGAAUUAAGGUGGCUCUGGUGGAGCAUGGGUGCCUUUUAAACACAGAGGACCAUAUAUGCAUGAGCAUUUCACUGGCCCUAGGUGGCCAAACCACCUCCCCAAAAGCCCUGUCUUCAAAUCUUGUUCAGUCAUGGCUCCUGAAGCACAAUCCGUCAUAAAGGAAAGUGUGGGUUAUGUCUCUACAAUGACAUUUGACUUUAUGGAAAAUGACAACAGAAUCAUGAGCACAUUAUACAAACAAAGGCUAUGUAUAUUGGAAUACUUAGUUUAAAGGUCACGUUAAAAUAACUGAGCUGCUUUUUAGUGUUUAACCAUUUUAAGUAAUUUUUAAUAUAACAUGUAUGUACACUACCAAACAGGAUCUGCAGCCUAACCUGGACAAGUCUUCUCGACUCCUAAUCAGCUUUUGUCUUCACUUUAAAAGAGUGUUAAGACCUUUCUUUGUCAAAAUGAUGUCAACUACAGUCUUUUCAAUUAGAGAGGCUAAGGCAGUUAAAUCUGAGAGGUUGCCUGGGGUGAAAACGAUUUUCAAAUUUUGCACCAAAAUAUUAAUCAUCUUUUUUCUUUUCUAAAUGAAGCAUUUUUCAGUAUUUCCUCUAAUUAUCCCUCAUAAGAUAGAAAAGAUUUCACUAAGUAAAGAAAUGUUUUCUGUGUAGAAAUUGGCCAUAGUCUCAAACUCUAUAAUAUGGUUUAGGGUCGGCAUUUUGUUCCCUACUGCUGCCUCCCUGACCUAUUUUUAGUGUGUCCCCUGAACCUUUCCCACCCCAAACAAAACUUUUAGUCCCAGCUUUAAGGAGAAAAGAUUGAAAUGAGCAUGAGAGAAGAUUAAUAAACCACAGUGCAUGAUGAACCUUU